GAUGUCUGCGGGUUUGAAAGGGUUAAUACACCUGUCGUGUUUCUUUUAUACAGGCGACUGUUGGAAUCGUCUCUGUUAUCAUUGUCUCGCUAUGACAUGUCGGGAUCGCGAGACCACCCUAUUUACCCUGAUCCAGCCAGACUUUCCCCAGCUGCUUACUACGCCCAGAGGAUGAUCCAGUAUCUGUCGAGGCGGGACAGCAUCCGCCAGCGAUCGCUUCGCUACCAGCAGAACCGCCUACGGGCCAUGUCGUCCUCAUCCGACAGUCCCGCCAGCAACCCGUCCAGCUCCAUGGACAACAGCGAUGUGGACUUUGAGGAGCUGGAUGAUAACGGAGACAGAGCGAGGCACAGGACUCCACGUAACGCCCGGAUGUCUGCUCCGUCUCUGGGUCGCUUCGUCCCUCGGCGUUUCCUCCUCCCUGAGUACCUGCCCUACGCUGGGAUCUUCCAUGAAAGAGGACAGCCCGGCCUGGCCACACACUCCUCUGUCAACAGAGUCCUCGCUGGCGCGUCGAUCGGGGACGGCCAGUCUGCAGUCGCCAGCAACAUCGCUAACACCACGUACCGUCUGCAGUGGUGGGACUUCACCAAAUUCGACCUGCCGGAGAUCAGCAACGCUUCAGUCAACGUUCUGGUGCCAAACUGUAAAAUCUACAACGACGCGAGCUGCGACAUCUCUGCAGACGGUCAGCUGCUGGCGGUCUUCAUUCCCAGCAGUCAGCGGGGUUUCCCAGACGAGGGCAUCCUGGCCAUCUACUCUCUGGCUCCACACAACCUGGGAGAGAUGCUCUACACCAAGAGAUUCG